CCGGUUCUUUACGAUAAUCACUUCCUGCCGUAUAAAGUCGCGCUUUGCGCAUGCUCUGUCCUUUUCGGUUCCGGUCUUACUGCAAGCUGCAGAGAUGUUGAUGCCCAAGAAGAACCGUAUUGCUAUUUAUGAGCUCCUGUUCAAGGAGGGUGUGAUGGUGGCCAAAAAGGAUGUGCAUCUGGCCAAACACCCCGAACUGGCUGAUAAGAAUGUCCCCAACUUGCACGUGAUGAAGGCCAUGCAGUCCCUGAAAUCUUGUGGUUACGUCAAGGAGCAGUUUGCUUGGCGCCACUUUUACUGGUAUUUGACCAACGAGGGUAUCCAGUAUCUCAGAGAUUUCCUGCAUUUGCCUCCUGAAAUUGUACCUGCAACCCUCCGCAGGCAGACUCGUCCAGAAACUGCCAGACCUCGACCAAAAGGUUUGGAAGGAGAGCGUCCAGCUCGUUUGGCCCGUGGAGAAGCUGACAGAGAUACAUACAGGCGGUCUGCUGCCCCACCGGGUGCUGACAAGAAAGCAGAAGCAGGUGCAGGAGCUGCCACGGAGUUUCAGUUUAGAGGUGGUUUUGGCCGUGGCCGUGGACAGCAACCACAGUGAAUUACGUUUCAAUGUUUGUACAAUAAAAUUCUAUAAGGAAGAA